AUCUGUAGAUAGUAUCCUUGUCGUCCAACAGGAACGCGAUGCUAUUUUUUCGAGUGAAGAGGACGUUGUGGGGAAUCGACUCUAAACGCCACGCACGAGGUUCAUGUACGAUUUUCAAUCCAGACUCCCAAUACUAUAGUGACAUUGAGCUAGUCUUAGUCAAACCCCGUAGAGAACCACUCGUAUAAGAAUUGCUAUUGGCGUUCACAGUCGCAGUGCGACGCUCACAACAACUACCACCUAAGAGAGUUCUUUCCAGCAGUGUACAAUACAGGGAAGUGUUUUUUCUGGGAUACCAGGGGGAAAUAAAUAAAGCCUGAUCAAAAUGGCGCGACCUAUGACGAAGGAGGAGAUCCAGGAGGCCUGCCUGAAGGGCGACCUCAGCCGACAGUGGGAGUGGCACACCGAGUUCCGGGACGCGGCAAAGAACAUGUACCGAACAACCGCCUUCGAUACCAUGCACAAUCGGGAAGUCUCGGUACGAUAUGUUGCAGCGUGGAUGCUAGUUAAUAGAAAUAGCGAGUGUUCAGCUACUACUUGUUGUACUUCAUCCGGGCGUUCGCGCUGCUUGACGCUUGUCGGUCGCGGCGUUGCUCGGCGGUGGCGCUGCCCGGCGGUGGCGCUGCUCGGCGAUCGGCGGUGGCGCUGCUCGGCGAUCGGCGGUGGCGCUGCUCGGCGGUGGCGCUGCUCGGCGAUCGGCGGUGGCGCUGGUCGGCGGUUGGCGCUGCUCGGCGGUCGGAGGUCGGCGGUGGCGCUGCUCGGCGGUCGGCGGUGGCGCUGCUCGGCGGCCGGCGGUGGCGCUGCUCGGCGGCCGGCGGUGGCGCUGCUCGGCGGCCGGCGGUGGCGCUGCUCGGCGGUGGCGCUGCUCGGCGGUCGGCGGUCGGCGGUCGGCGGUCGGCGCUGCUCGGCGGUCGGUGGUCGGUGGUCGGCGGUGGCGCUGCUCGGCGGUCGGCGGUGGCGCUGCUCGGCGGUCGGCGGUCGGCGGUCGGCGGUGGCGCUGCUCGGCGGUCGCGCUGCUCGGCGGUCGGCGCUGCUUGGCGGUGGCGCUGGUCGUCGCUGUUCGGCGGUCGGCGGUGGCGCUGCUCGCUCGGUCGGCGGUACCAGCGCUGCUUCGCGUACGCUCGACUGCGGCGGUCGCAGCUUCUGCUAUGAUUUCAUGUACUUAUAAUCUUCCAUGUCAGGAUGCUUUGCGAUUUCGUAGUGCAUGAAAAUAAAAUUUUGAAAUUUCGCGGAUUUGGUUUUUCAAUAAAAAUAAAAUCUUAAAAUUUCGCGGAUUGAAAAUUCCUUACAUUUUCUACGUUGCACAUCUAAAUGGACCGGCUAUUCACACGUAAUAUCCGCUGUUCCGUGAACCUGAACACAAAUAAAGCUUUAAACUUUCGCAAGUUUUUAGCUUAAUAAAAAUAAAAUUUUGAAUUUUCGCGGUUGUUGGAAGUCGAGAGACAUUGCAGUGUUCUUGUAGCACCAGAAGCAGAGUCACAGCUAUCUUCCGAGAGUGAACUUCUUGUGUCCGCUUUUCGUCGUCAAUAGAAAUAAAAUUUUAAAAAUCCGCGGCCAUGGGAAACCAAAACUAAAGCACUCACCAUGUAUACACUUGCAACUAACAUCCGGGAUGUAGCGUCGCUGUCUAUUAGGGGCAACUUCUUCAGGUGUUGUGUAUUUUUUAGGUCAAUUUGUGAUGUAGCCAAGUCAGUAUUCAUGUUUAUCUAAACUAUCCAGGUCAAGACCGGUCUUCCAAGCGGAUAUGGUGGUCACGAUCCCGUCAGGAACCACGAUGUUCUGCACCACAACACCGGUGUCUACGAGAAGAUGAAGGGAGAAAGCUUAGCUCCAAGCCGGUAUGUUAUUUUCCCGUUAUCGAAGAUUUACAGGGCGUUGUUUUCGUUCCGGCUCUGCAUGACAAGUGUAGUCCAUGUAGCGCUGUGUGAACAUCUUCACGCCGCGUGAGAUCACGAACACACAGAUGAAGAUCACAUUUUAGUACAAUGAAAAACCACAUACAAUCAAACAGUGACACCUUCCCGUGCUUCGCCCAGCAGAAGGACGGUCAGAUGACCUUCAAACAGCUGACCCAGGCAGAAACCCCGACCUUCGGCAGCUUGCCAGACGUGCGCGUGCAGCCACCGUGGGCUAUCACCCCGCCGGUCAGGACAAACCCAAGCUACUUCGUGGUACAGUAGAGAUGUUGUGCUUCUGGUUUCUGUCAUGCAAAAGCAUAAACUCGAACUCGAUUUGUGAUUCUGUUCGGCCACCAAAUAUGAUUGUCGUGUACUAGGUUCCUGCUCUCAACAAGAAUUCAUAAUAUGCGAAAAAAAACUGUAUACAACAGAAACCGGUCAUGGAUGUGGGCGUCAAGAAGUAAAUGCGGGGUCUUUCUUCGCUGGAUCGUGUCAGAGUUUCCGUCGCAGAGAUUCGUUCCGUAAAAUCGCCUAACCGUCCAAAAGUUACACUGCAAGUAGAACCAAAAUCCUAAAACCGUUUCCUCUAGAAGUUACACUUACAACCGUUAUAAUUGUUACACUCAAGUUACAACAGAACAAGUUACAAUCGUUUCAGAGUUACAACUGUUUCUCUCGCUUAUGAUCAUAAAAUGCACAAUGCUUACGAGCAGGAAAUGGGAGGUUGAACACUCUCUCAACUAGACAACUCUCAGUAUAUCAGACAAUUCUCAGUGUGUAUUGCUAAUGCCUUAAAACGUCAAAUCGCAACAAUUUCGUGCUUGUCUAUAUUAGUUUGCGGCAUCAUGCAUCGUCCAACUUUACACCCGGCUUCAGUUGCUCCAGGUUUGUGACACGCGAUCACCGUGCUAUGAGAAGGUUUGUUACAAGUAGAUCCAUGAUUUCGAUUUGAUGUGUCUCUUGUCCUACCUUCUGCUCUAGUGUCGAGCAAAGUAAGAAGCGCCCUAUGUUGUGCCGAAAUGAACUUCAACUGCUCGUCGGACGCCGCCUUGUGGGAAAACGAAAAGAUUUCAAACUGUAAAUGCAAUAAAUACAACAAAGCUGAUGCAGCUGCCUUUGCUUCUGUCGCAGCUGGAUGGAACGUACGUGUUCAGGAAUCUGACAUUUUGAUUCACUGGAUUGUCGUGAUUGAACUGAUAAAGCCAUUGCAGCGGAUGAUUUCUGGUCAUGGUCGAAGAAGCCGAACAUGGAAUAUCUUGUUCAGUAUCUGUGAAAAACAAAAAUAAAAA